AUGAAGCGACCACGACCCGCGCCUCCGAAGCGGAACAAGGCGGUGGAUAGAGGGAAGACGAAGGAGCUGCUGGACUGUCUUGACUGCCUGGUGCCUGUGAGGGAAAGGCCGCUCGCUGAAGAGAAAGGCAAGCUUGAAUCUCGACGAACGGUCCUUCAGCUGUAUGAGGACUGCAUCGUUCAUAUCAAAAGCAUAAUGAACAAGGAUGCUGGUACAGGAAGAGGCAUGCGAUGCUCCCGCUACCAGAAGCUCUGGUUCUGUUUUUCAUGGGGACGUGCUACGGAAUGGGAUGAGCUCGAGCCGUUGAUGGGUUUGUUGGGGUUCAGUUUUACUUUCCCGUUCAUCACUCUAAGGGUUCCUUCGCUGGUAGUUGAAUCUGCGAGCCAGAUGGUGCAGUACUGGUAUAGGAACUCUCCUUUUCGCACUUUGAGGGGGCAGAACAUACUGCAUUUCAUAGACUAUUCAGAUCGUUGGAAGGUUGAGAAGCGGAGGAACCUGGUUGACAGCUGA